GGUACAGACGGACUGAUUGUGUGGACAGCUGGAGCGAAACACUUAGAACAAAAAGACUCUUAGAAAUUGUGCCAGAAAUGGAUGGGUGAACUAAAUUCAGUCUUAGUUGUUGUUCUGGACUUCAUGAUAGUGCUUUCCUUUGAUGUUGCGACAUGGAGUACAUGUAUGACUGGGAAGAGCAAGAUCGAUUCUCGUUUGAAGACAGUGACCGAUUUGAAGAGGAUUCCCUGUGCUCAUGGGUCAGUGAGGCAGAGAGUGUCAGCAACAACAAUUGGCGGGGAUGGAGGAAGGGAGGGACGACAGUCGGGUCAGGAGGGUCAUCACAGAGCAGCCAUUCCAAUGAAGUGAUUCAGCUAGUGGAGCUCGCUGCCAAGACGGUGGCCCUCAACUUCCCCUUUGAGGUGGUGGAGCACAUGUACCCACCUGUCCCAGAGAAUUUACAGCUGCGCAUUGCGUUCUGGAGCUUCCCUGAGAAUGAGGAAGAUAUAAGAUUGUAUUCCUGCUUAGCCAAUGGCAGUCCGGAUGAGUACCAGAAGGGAGAGCAUAUGGUUAAGAGUAGAGCAGUGAAAGAUGCCUUACAGAUUGGCUUCCAUCUGAGCGGCACGGUAUCACCUGUGGCCCAGGGAAGUGCUGCCCAGCAGCAGGGCACCUUCAAUGUGGCCAUCACCUUUGAUCGCCGCCGCGUCUCAUCCUGCUCUUGCACCUGCGCCUCAGCCAGCAAGUGGUGCAGCCAUGUGGUGGCGCUCUGCCUAUUCCGCAUUGUGCACCCGGCCCAGGUCUGCCUGAGGGCACCAGUCUCAGAGUCCUUGUCGCGGCUUCACCGGGACCAGCUGCAGAAGUUCUCGCAGUAUCUAAUUAGCGAGUUGCCCCGGCAGAUCCUACCGACAGCGCAACGUCUAUUGGAUGAGCUGCUCUCCUCUCAGGCGAACACCAUCAACAUGGUCUGUGGGGCUCCGGACCCCACGGCAGGCCCCUCGGCCUCUGAGCAGACACGAUGGUUCCUGGAUGAUGCUGUCAUGCACGAGAGCAUCAAGAAGACAUUGAUACGAUUCACAGGACCAACUCCUAUUGUAUUCAGUGAUGUCACCUCCUUAUACCUGUCCUCGAGUGCCCCGCAAGCAGCGGCUGAGUGGACCAACCUCCUGAGACCUCUGAGAGGUCGGGAGCCUGAAGGCAUCUGGAAUCUGCUGUCCAUUGUCCAGGAGAUGUGCCGGAGGAGGGACAACAAUGCCAUCACUCUCCUCAAGAUACUGACUGAGGAGUGCAUCAUCUGUGAUCAGAUUGUAGUGUGGUGGUUCAGUACCAGGACAUCUGCCCUCCACUCUCAUCACGGAAAUCAUGGUCAUCGUGCCAACAGUAACAGCACCACCGCCAUUGCACAGCAUGCCUGUGCCAGCAUGUGUGAUGAGAUCGUGUCACUGUGGCGUUUGGUGGCUCUCAAUCCAGCCAUCACACCCACAGACAGAGGGGAACUUGAGAGGGAAUUGCGCAAUUGGCACCUUCAAGUCAUUGAGAAAGUACGCAAGGGCCGCGGGCCCAACUUUGCCAACACGGUGGGCAACGUAACAAAUGUACGACGGGUGGACAUUGAGAGUUUCUUGGGAUUCAAGCCGGCCAUCGAGGCCUGCCUCAUGGACUGGCAGGAUUACUUCAUUGAAGGGGUGACUUACAGUGAGCCACGGAAAGACAGGGUUGAAGCCAUGAAAUCACCCUCUUGUAAAAGGACUACUCAUUCCACCCAACAGAUUAAACCACCCCAGCUCAAUCCUCCAAUAAGGACGGAGGAACCAGACUCUACCACUGUGACCGAGGGAGAUCCUAAACUGAGGGACAUUCCAAAGGGCUGUAGCAAUGAGCUCCACCGUUUGAGCUCCUCUGAAUCCAGCUCAAGUAGUAGUAGCUCUGGUGUGGACGACCAACGUGUGCUAAGCUCCAGUCGAUCAGAGGACACAGACUCUGACUUUCAGGGUAAUGAAUGCACCUGCCCCACCGAAGAAGGUGCUGAGGAUGGGACUACCCCAUUAAGAACCAGCCAAUCAGGCACAGGGCGAACACCUGCUGCCGGUGUUGAUGGGAAUAACACCAAAGCUGGGGGGAAACGCAAGGCAAAAUUAAAACACUUACAGCGCAGCGAGUCAUUGGACUCGGCUGACGUGUGUCUGGAUGCUCCGCCUAAAAGCCUGCAGCCAGAUUCAGACUCCUCAUUGGAUGUUGGGAAUCAGAGCAACCAGGGGGUCAAAGGUGAAGAGAAUGAACGUCCUCAUUCAGGAGAUGAGUACCAGGUGUACUUCUAUGACACCAAGGCCAAAGUGACGGAGCAAGCACCAAAGAAAAAGAGUGACACGCCCAAUCCUUUUGCUGGAAUCAAGAAGACAGAGGACAAAAUUGAGAUCAUGUUUUCUAGGGCGGAGGCUCUCCAUGCUCAUGGCUACACCAGACACGCCUGCAAGCUGGCUAUUGAGCUGGCAGAGGAGAUGCUAGCUAACCCACCAGAGCUCAAUAACCCUCCACCCAGUAACCUGUCCAACCGGGCACGUAAGAAGCACAUCCACCAACAGAGCACACUGUCCACCAUGACACUUGGCAAGUCGGCAUUUCUCUGCAGUGUGCUAUCAGAGCAACCAGACUGCCACCAUCUGGCAUUCAAGAUUGGCAUGUUUGGAUUGGAGUUACCUCGACAACCAGCAUCUACAAAGGCCUUGGAGGUCAAACUGGCUAAUCAGGAAUCAGAUUUGGUGGGUCUCCUGAAGCGCUUGCCCCUCACACAGAGAGAGUUGACCACCAUUCGCCAGUUAGCCAAGGAUCUGCAUGAGGGCUCCCUUGUGCUGAGAAGUGCGGCACUGCUGGCCCUCUUCAUAAUUGAUGCACUUUGCCUUCCUGGCCAGUCCUCCUCCCUUGGUCGUUCCCACAUGCGUUCCGUCUCGGCCCGGGACCGUCUGGCCACAGACGAGAAGGUGGGCUUUGAUGCUGCCGUGGCUGCCUUGGCCAUCAAGAGUAAUGUGUCUGAGUCAGAGCACCCACUGCUGUGUGAAGGUAUCAGGCGGCAAAAAGGCGAGCUGACCACUACGCUGCUAGUUCAUUACAAGGAUGACCAGAGUAAACUCCGAAAGAUUCUUGAUGCUUUGCUGGACAAGCAAGGACCAAAGACUCAACGAUCCUCCCAGCCUUUCCCACAAUCCUCUGCUUGUUCCUCUCAAGAUGGUUACCGUAGCAACACAUCCUCCAUGAUGGGUGAGGGGCAGCAGGAUGCCUCUGAUCAGCGGCCCUCUGAAAAUCACAGUCCACAGGAUGAAACCAGAGAGGGAGCGUCAUCCAGUGAUCCAGCCGUGUCCCACAUCACCCAGGCUGUGGCAUCCUGUGGCCUUCGGCCCGAUGAUGCCAGUACCUCCCGGCCUCAGAACACCAGCCCAGAGACCCCCAGCAUUGCGAGUUGUAUCCAGCACCUGAGUGCGCCCAAGUCCACAUCACCAGAGUGUUCUUUUCCAUCAGCUACGUCACCUCAGCAGCAACGAGGUCACAUGGUGCCAACAACUUCAUCUCUAUCUCAGCCCCACAGGGCACCCUCGGAUGUUGUGGCAACAGGUUGGAAUGAGGACCCAGGAUCCUGUUCAGGCAUGAUCUCAGUGGGUCCAGACAUUGACCAGUGGAGGCAGGCCCAGGCUAGGGCUAGUGGAGGGCGGAGCAGCAGCUACUUGUACUGGGGGAGGAUCUUUGGCAAAAAUCAGAAGAGAAGUAAAGGAAUGGCAGCCAUUGACAGCAGUGCUCCCGAGACCACAUCUAGUGAUAACUCCCCCACCAUGGGGCGCCGUGUCCCCCCUGGGGGCUGGGGACGAUACCAUGGGCCAGGCAGUGACAGUGGCAGUAGUGGUAACUCCAGCGAUUCCAUCAGCUCCAGUAGCUCGGCUGAGAGGGGGACAUCGGGUGCCAGACCAAAGAUCCGAGAUGUGGAGGGCUUGAUGCCUUCCUCACCAUGGAUACGGCCCAGUCCCUCAUCAUUAUCUGAUACUCAAGGAGCAGAUUCCAGAAGCUCAACACCAAAUUCCAAAGCAGUCAGGAAGGGAGGCAAGAAAGGUGGCCGCAGCGACGUGUCGCCGUCUGUCCCCAAUCAGCCAAGUGAAGCCUCGGCUCAUUUCUUCUUUGAACUGGCUCGGACAGUCCUGACCAAGGCUGGUGGAUCCAGCAGUACCUCUCUCUUCACCCAGCCAGCAGCCAAUGCCAACCACUCUGGCCCCCACCGAGGGUUACACCUGUGUGCAUUUGAGAUUGGCCUGUAUGCGUUGUGGUUGCAUAAUGCUGUUACCCCUAACUGGCUAUCCAGGACCUACUCCUCACAUGUAUCCUGGAUAACAGGUCAAGCUAUGGAGAUCGGCAGUGCAGCCAUCAGUAUGCUGGUGGACACCUGGGAAGGUCACCUGACCCCCACCGAGGCUGCAUCAUUGGCCGACAAGGCCUCCAGGGGUUUGGAUCCCAACAUGGUGGGCACUGCGGCUGAGCUGGCCCUGUCCUGCCUAAGGCAUGCCCAUGCCUUGAACCCAACCGAGGUCAAUAGGGCUCUAACCCAGUGCAAAGAACAGGACUACCAGAUGCUGGCCAAUGCUUGUCUAGCUGUCGAGAGUGCGGCCAAAGGAGGCGAUGUCUAUCCAGACGUACUCUUCAAUGUUGCCCACCAGUGGGAGUGGCUUCAUGACAAUAUGUUGGGAGCAGCUAACAGUCGUCGAGUCCGGCCCAGUGAGGGUGCAGAUGCCCACCAGGCCACCGGUAACAAUGGCUCGCCGACCACAGAGAGUGGUCAGAUUGUACCGUAUUCAGUGGCUGUGAGUGUGGCACCCAACGCAGCCGUAGUCAGUCCCUUGUUGUUACCCUAUGGAGUGGCCCGGGUGCCUCAGGCUGUGCAGGUACCGCUGGUGUAUCAUCCCAGCUGCCCAGAAUAUGUCCAAGUCGACCCAUCAUAUCUCCCUAGGUUGCCUGGAACAUUCCAAGGAUACCCUACACUUCCACAUGGCCGACAUGGGACCCCAGACCACAGACAAUUACAGCCAAACUCACACAACGUGCAUUGGAAUGGAGUCCACCAGUGUCCGCCCUACUAUUCAACAUGUCCCUACUCGUCCCCCAACCCUGUUCCCCAGGGUGUCCCUGUACCCCUUCCAAAUCAGUUCUCUGCCCAGGCAGCCCCCUCUGCUGCCCAACCAGGGGUUUCCCUCCGCCCUACCCAUGGUGGUUACCCGCUGCCCGUCGUGCAUCCCAGGCAGUCAGCAGCAGCCCAGCUGGCCUCUCCGCAGCAGAACCCCCCUCUCCAGCAAGUGGUUGGGCCCAUGGGUCCACACCAGCACACAGGACUGUUCUAUUUGGAUGCAGCAUACAGGGUAGGCAUGCUGGCCAUUGACACGCUGGCAAGGAGGGUGCACGACGAGAGGACACAGGCGAGAUUCUCCCCCAAUCCGCCCUAUGGAGAGGAUAUCAAAUGGCUCUUGGAGAUAUCCAAAAGGCUAGGUUCAAGCUAUCUACAGCAAUUCUGUGCAUGUGUGCUGAAUGUUGUGGUGAGCCCCUUUGUUCUACACACCAUCGCCUGGGAAGCUGCCCACUACCUAGCCUCUAGUAAUCACACUCCCAUCCAGGCCAGUCUGCGCUCACCUGUCCUGGGUCCCAUCGUCCAGAAGUGUGUUCAGAUGUACAUCCAGUGCAUCCACCAGCGUAUGUACCACGUGACGCAGCCCGAGUAUGAUGACUUCAUCGCCGUGGUACAGAGUGCUCAGAAGGCAUUUGUCAUGGCACCAGGUGGCAUGGCGCAGUUCAACGACUUCCUGCAGUCACUGCGCAGGUUGCGACCAUGCAAGCGGGAGCUGUGGACUCGGCUAGCAAGCACACUGUCACCAGGGAAUGUGUUUGAACAUUCAUCUAGUAGUCACUGACAACCUCCCAUGUCAUAACUACUAAAACCACAGAUUUAGCAACGAUGUCAACUCUAACAAGAUGAACAUAUCAUAAGUAUCUUUGGAUAUACAAAACUUCAUGACCCAAAUAUUUCAAAUUGUUUAUGUGCUAGAAGUGAAGUGGUAUGCGAACGUACAUUUCAAUUCAGUUUUAAUUUUUAACUGAAAAUGUGUCAAUUUUUUGAUAUGUAUGUCAGAGGUUAUUUGUUUUCAUGAUUUUUUCCUGACAAAUUCACUCGCAGGAAAUUUAAAGUGUUAUAUCUGUAAACUGCAGCAUCAUAAGUGACUAGCUGUCCCACUUUGAUAUGGAGAAAGUCUUGGGGGGGCUUUGUUUGGGUAUUGAGGCUGUAAAUAAUGAUGUACUUAAUUGAAUGUAUGAUAAUGAUGUGUGCAAACUGUCUCCAUGUCAAAAUGUUAGCAUUUGUAAACUAGUUAAGCAUCAGUAGGAAUAUUCGUGUAGAGUAGGAAGACCUUGUCAGAUGUAGGCUGUUUAGAAAGAUUUCACAUUUGGUUUGUGCCCUCGGGUGAGGGUUCCUUGGUCUCUGUUUUUUUUCUGUACAUGUAAUUAUGUUCGUUGACAAAUGUUUUUAAAUUUGUUUCACUAAUGACAACCAGGGAAAUAGUACAUGUAUGGUAUGCACACUGGAGAGAGUCUGAACAGUCUGAGCUUGUGCAGAUCUGGAUCUUAUGGUCUGUGCUGGGUUGGCCCAAUGUUGAUCUGGCUUUUCUCUUUGCCACCGAUGAGGGAGUUAUUUGCACAUGGGCUUAGCUUGCACCAAAGCCACUUGCAGGCAGACAGCCUGGCUACAUUUUCAGCACAGAAAGCCCAGGAUGGACCAUUAGGCACGUAAGGUAUCCACUCCAAGCAGGAAUAACAGAAGAUGUGUUUUAUUGUGACCCAUUGAUGGGAACUCACCACAUGCACAGUUUCAUGCAUAUUUUGUGUGAGACGUGGCAAGCAUGCACAACCAAUUACUCUAUAUACGUACGGUCUUUGCAUGUGUGCCAGGCAUGUGAAUGAGCCGAGUCAAAACAUUUCCCGUCAAGCCUUAUCCUCUUUGCCAGUGAGAGUGCAGUUCCACUCUGGGCAGAUACAUGUACAUGUACAUAAUGGUACAUAUCAGAGGCUUUGAUACAUUGCUUCUGCAUGCUGGAGAUUGUGUAUGUGUAAGAUUUUGCAUGAAAUAGAUACGUUUAACCGCAAGAACAGAGUGCGUCUUGACUACUUCACUGUAUUAACACAGUGAUCACAUUUACGCCUCCUUGUACUAGAGGAUUCUCCCCCCCAAGCAGUAACAUCCCUUGGGGCUGACACACCAUGUAGCAUACAUCUUGCUUUCAGAUGUUGUCUUAACCUCUCUUCUUGCGACCAGCGAGGGGGUGCUUCUACACUGAAGUCCUUAAAUCAUGGUCUCAGCCUGCGAUUUCAGAUAAUGAGCUAUACUGAGUGUUUAGUGAAGCUGAGCUGUGCACUGUAGGUGCUGAUUUUAUGAACACUUACAAAUGGUCGGAGCUUUUCAGAUUGACAUGGGAUUGUGGUGUUCACAUGAAACAUGUGGAUGUGAUUGUAGGUGUCAGUGAUGUGACAAAGAAGUAGAAUUACAGCCAACUUAGAAUAGGUAGUGUCAUUAUAGCUGACAGUAUGUUUUUCUUUGAAUUUUGUGAUUUUUGUUUUUUGUCUUGGUGGUCACAGAGUAACCGGUCAUGACCUGGUUAAAGAUGGCUGUUGUAACCUGGUAAACUGUGGUACUAGGUAACUGCAAUUCCUCCCACAGUGUGAUACAUAAAAUGAAAGAUACCAUUCUAUCAAUACAAACAAAAUGUGUGUGAGACUGAGUAUUAUUCAAAGGUGUACUCACCAACAACAAAGAGGUAAACAUGAAGAUAUGUUUUCUUUGUAACCAGUAUGCAGUGUGUGCCCUAUGUUCGUAUCAUUCACUACCCAUUCAUGUUCUUAAAAGAAUAUAUUUAUCUGCUUUUGAUAACUAAAUGUUAAAUGUUAUUAAACUGGUUUUAUGUUGUAAGAAAAAGCAGUUACAUGUAGUUGUGGAUGUUAACACAAUAUUGCUGAAAUGGAUUGGUUGUGCCAUUUUUGAAUCCAGCAUUUUAUUUUUGCUAUGGCUGUGGAUUGGCACAGUGGUCACCCAGUGGCAGAGGCCAUAGGCGUAGCGUAAAAACCCUGCUUCGGACAUGACUUAGUUCAUUGGCCCUUCCAUGUUUCUGGUUGGCUUUGAGUACAUGAAAGCUUGUGUCCAUAUUGAACAUGUUGGGCUGUUGCUUUUGCUUUUUUGCCAUUGGCAUGCUGCUGUGUCUAGCCCUAGCCAUAGUCACACACACUAUAAAGUCACGGCAUCAGAGUUGACAAGGUCCUUCAUUAUCCAAUGCCUGCUAUAUAAAAAGAUUAUGGCAAAGACAGCUGUGUUGCUGAAGAUGACCCAUUUUAGUAAGUACUUGUUGAAUUUCAAUGAACUGUACACAUUUGAGGAAUGAUUUUACGUUAGAAAUUACAUGGUAACUUUGUAAGCAUUACUGGAAUUGUUAGGCUACUGUUUUUACAAAUGUGAAAAAUUUACUAACUGGUAAAUGUUAAGACUACAGGAUAUGGCUUUUUACCUGUGUUGGUGUUUUACUGUUUAAUGUGCAAUGAUCUAGACUGUUUUGUCUUACGAUGUUAACAUUAUUUACAUGACUGUUGAAUCAUUUUCUUCUCAUUAGAUCUUUCUUCCUUGGAUUUAAAUGGCUGUUUCUGUGUUGUGGGUGGAGCUUCCAUUUGUAUGUCUAUCGCAAGUUAUGAACAGAUUAGCAUAAAGACUUGAGUAGGUCGUAAAAAUGCAAAUUACAUGAAUGCAAAAUAUGCGUCUUGAUGGCAAAUAUUCUAGAUGAAAACUUUGCAAACAUGAAUAUGCAUCAGUGGGCGUUGCCUUUUUUCUCUCCUUCCUAGAUCACUUAUUAGCAAGCAAUUAGUGAUUCUGUAGAAAGUAGAUAUGCAUAUUACAAGAACUCGUGAUUUAUCCAAUCAGGUAUUUAUUAAUUUUUGAGUAUUGAAUAUGCAGCAGUCAUUUGAUUUUUAACCCUUUUCCUGUACUUUAUGUAGGACUGUUUUGUUGUUUUUAAUCUUCAGAAGUUAAUGGAUUUGUGUUCUAAUGACAACUGUUAAAUUAUCAUCUAAAACCUGGAGGUAUUGAAACUACAAAAUUUUGAUACUUCUCUCUGAUUCCAUACGGCCCGUCACCUUUUGUCCUAUUUACAGGGAAAUCAUUUUUUUGCUGUUAUUUAAUAUUGCAAAACAAAGCCAAUGAUGGAUUUCAAAAGUUGAAUUGGGACAAUUUUUAAUUGGUUAUUUGUAUAAAGUGUUCCCCCCUCAUAUUGUACAUGUAGAGUUUGGGAUCCUGACAGGGAUAUAUAACGUUUUUUAAAGGAAGAAAAGUCUGAAUGAAAUCAGUGAUAACUGUUUCCAAUUUAUAUUUGGAGCCCACAGAGGAACCAAGCUCAAGUAUGGUUGUUUACUAAAGACUUUGUUUGGUUUUAGUUGUUUAAUUUACAGUUCUCAGGUUUUUGAUAUUUUUAGUGUACAUAGUAUUCGAAUAUAAUGUUACUUGUAUUGUUUCCUACCCUUUUUGUUCAAAAUCAAAUGUCUCACACAGUAAGGGAAUCCAAAAUGCUGAAACUGUCUUUAGGUUCAUAUUUAUGACAAAAUGACGUGACAGAAAGGGUUUGUUUUUAACAUUGUUCUUUGGUUCCUGAUGCAUCUUUUUUUUCCCCAGAUAGUCCCACUGUCACCAUAAUAAUGCAUUUGAUUUUUAUCAUUGUUUUUCACAUUGUGUUUUAAAAAUCUAUUAUUUAUCUUUGUCAGUUAGUCACGUGACUGUACAAACUGAUACACUCCAUUUCAAGAAAACGAAUGAAGAAAAAAUAAAUGAAAAAUGUGAGAAGUCCAUUUUUGCUAUAUGAACAAUUA